AUGAAGACAAAGGACACGAAGAGAUUUGCGACCUCUUCAGAAGACGACCGCCGCUGCUCUGUCUACAAAAAACCUGGUCGCACUCCACAGAAAACACACAGGCAGCACAAGCAAACCGGCCAGACAACGCGGGGUACCCGACUCCAGUCCCUGCCCAACUCUUCUGGCCAGGGCAGGGACAGAGCCCCUGCUUCUCAAACAAUCCGUGAUUAUGUUUACCCCAACUCUCUAUGCCACUGCUCCCACUGGCAUUUGUCCCAGGUCAGCAAUGACCAGGACGUGGUGAUGAGAGAUGUUUCCGGCCAGGCAACGCAGGGUAUGCGCCUCCAGUCCCUGCCUAACUCUUCUGGCCAGGGCAGGGACAGAGCCCCUGCUUCUCAAAAACCUCGCCAUUCUGAUUCCCGACGCUGCCGCUCCCAACGGCGUCCGUCCCAGGUCAGCAAUGACCAGGACGUGGUGAUGAGAGAUGUUCGUUGUGAGGUUAGGAAUACAACGCCUGCCUCCAAGCAACCCCCCCGCCCUGCGAAUCCCCGUUCCAUCCUUAAGGUCAGCAAUGGCCAGGAUGUGGUUAUGAAAGAUGUCUUCCUUCCCAAGAAAAAAGUACACUUUGCUGGUGCAGAAGUUCACCUCUUCCAUUGUUUCGAGCCCGAGAUCAUUUAUGACUCGGAUGUUGAGAUGGCUGAAGCCGAGGAUGAAGAUGUGGAGAUGGAGGACGCUGAUGUUGAGAUGGUCGAUGCCCCUGAGCUUCCCUGGUGGGUGUGUGAUGUGUCGAUGGAAUCUAUCCUAAAGGUCAGCAAUGACCAGGACGUGGUGAUGAAAGAUGUGUUUCUUUCUCCAAAAAGGGCUCACUUUGAAGACGCUGAAUCUCAACCUCUCCAUGAUAUUCAGCCCAUGAUCAUGUAUGACCAAGACAUUGAGUUGUUUAACAUUCAAGAGAAUGUGGAUGUGGACAUGGAGGACGUUUCCCGUGCCCGCCGAAGAAUCCACUUAGCCGACUCUCGUUAUCAUUUCUCAACUGGCAGCAGUCCAAGGUCAGGACAGAGACUCUGCAUCUCAAAACCCUCAUCCUCCUACUUCCAGCCGCACCGCCCCAACUGGCACCAGGUCAACGUUGGGAGAGACUCCCUCGCCUGUUGA